AUGACGGAGGAUCAAAAUCAGGUCGCCCCUGGGACUCCAGAGGUCGAGGAAGAGGAGGAGAUCAAGGUCCAUGCCCAAACCUGGAUCGUUGUUUUUUGCAUCAAUUUGCUCUACUGCUGCCAGCUUCUUGCGGUAGUUGGCUCUGGUUUCCUCACCCAGUCAAUCACCAAGUUUUUCGGAGACUCAUCACAAGGCGUAUGGUUCAGUCAAGUCCUGACCAUCCUCACCGUUGCGUUGAGCCCGCCCGUUUCCCAAGCCGUGGACUACUGGGGCCGGAAAUGGAUCGUCGUCGUCCUGAGCUCCAUGGGCUGCUUUGGAUGCAUCAUCGCAUCCAGAGCACAAAGCACAGGAACGGUGAUCGCUGGCUUCACCAUCACCGGUCUCAGUCUCGGCUGUCAGUGCGUCCUGAUGGCUAUCGUCUCUGAGAUCCUUCCACGGAAGCAACGCCCUUUAGCUCAGGCCACUAUCAACGCAACGGCAGGCCUAGGCGGCGUUUUGGGUGUCGUGAUAGGUGGUUUGCUGGUCCGACACGGUGACCUGGGACAUUUCCGCAUCUACUUCUAUGUGACUGCCGCAUGCUACGCUGUAGCUACCAUUGGAACGGCUCUUUGCUACCACCCGCCACCUCGGGAGAAGCUUAGCAUGACGAAUGCUGAGAAGCUCCGAAGUAUGGACUGGAUCGGAAUCUCUCUGUGCGGAAUAGGGCUGGUAUUGUUCUCCAUUGCCUUGUCGUGGUCCCGAAACCCAUAUCCAUGGACAGAUGCACACAUCCUCGCGCCAUUCAUUCUUGGUUGUGUCAUGUUGAUCGGGCUCGGCAUCUAUGAGUGGAAGAUUAAGAAGGACGGCAUGCUACAUCACGACCUCUUCCGAGACAGAAACUUUGCCAUAGUCAUUCUGUGCAUCUUCGCGGAUGGCCUGAUCUUCUUCACCGUCAAUUCGUACUACGCUUUCCAGGUCUCGGUCUUUACGGGAGCGGACCUGUUGAUUUCCGGUCUCCAAUUCGCCAUGCUAUUCUUCAUAGCAUCACCAAUGUCCUUUAUCGCUGGUGCGUAUUCAGCCCGGGCAAAGGAUGUCAGGAACCCCAUCGUGCUGGGCUUUAUCUGUUUCGUGAUAUUCAACAUCCUCUUGGCCACCACAACGCCGUCGUCGCCCCACGGUGUUUUCUGGGGCUUUCCAGUCUUCAUUGGACUCGGCCUCGGGCUCUGUCUACCGGCAAUGAUGGUGACUGCACAGCUGAGCACACCCCCGGACCUGAUCGCACUGGCAACUGGUCUGAUGGUAGGGGUUCGGUCUGUGGGAGGUACCAUCGCGCUCGCAAUCAACAACGCUAUCUUCAAUAGCGCUCUGUCGACGGAGAUGCCCAAGAAGAUAGCCGCUGCUACUCUGCCCCUGGGACUUCCUGCGUCCUCCCUCGGGCAACUGAUCCCGGCUCUUGCGAAUGGUGACAAUGCUGCGCUUGCCCAGGUUCCAGGUGCGACCCCGGAAAUCCUCGGUGCGGCCGGCGAGGCACUCGUGGAGGCCUACCAUAUUGCGUUCAGAAAUUGCUGGAUCGCAGCUGCUUGCUUCUGCGCCGUAGCUGUUGUCGGUGGCUGUUUCGUUAAUGUGCCUGCCUCGGAAUUCAAUGCCCAUAUCGACGCCCCGGCCGAGUCCGAGGUGGUCGAACUCCAGAAAGCGAUCGAAUCGAAGCAUGGCUACAUUGAGGAGGUUGAGGUGGCUCGUAAGAACGAAGGAUUGAUUUCCGAGAAGAACUAA